GGUGGUGGCAGUAGGGGCGGUGGCGGUGGCGGGGGGGAGGGGCCGGGCGGGGGGCUGGCGGCAGCAGCGGAUGGACUCACGGGUAUCGGAGCUGUUCGGCGGCUGCUGCCGGCCCGGAGGGGGCCCGGCCGUGGGCGGAACCCUCAAGGCUAGGGGGGCCGGCGGCAGCAGCGGCUGCGGGGGCCCGAAGGGGAAGAAAAAGAACGGAAGGAACAGAGGGGGCAAAGCCAACAAUCCCCCAUACCUGCCCCCCGAGGCUGAAGAUGGAAACAUCGAAUAUAAACUGAAACUGGUGAAUCCAUCCCAGUACCGCUUUGAGCACCUGGUGACACAGAUGAAGUGGCGGCUCCAGGAGGGCCGUGGUGAGGCCGUCUACCAGAUUGGGGUAGAGGACAAUGGGCUGCUGGUGGGGCUGGCUGAGGAAGAGAUGCGGGCCUCCCUCAAGACCCUGCACCGGAUGGCUGAGAAGGUUGGGGCAGACAUCACUGUUCUCCGAGAGCGGGAAGUAGAUUAUGAUAGUGACACGCCUCGGAAGAUCACAGAGGUGCUGGUACGAAAAGUCCCCGACAACCAACAGUUCCUAGACCUUCGUGUGGCCGUCCUGGGAAAUGUGGACUCAGGGAAGUCAACACUGCUUGGAGUCCUGACCCAGGGAGAGCUGGACAAUGGGCGGGGCCGGGCUCGUCUCAACCUUUUCCGCCACCUGCAUGAGAUUCAGUCUGGCCGGACCUCCAGCAUCAGCUUCGAGAUCCUGGGCUUUAACAGCAAGGGAGAGGUGGUGAAUUACAGUGACUCACGGACGGCAGAAGAGAUCUGUGAGAGCAGCUCCAAGAUGAUCACCUUCAUCGACCUGGCAGGCCACCACAAGUACCUGCACACCACCAUCUUUGGCCUCACCUCAUACUGCCCCGACUGUGCCCUGCUCCUCGUCAGUGCUAACACUGGGAUUGCUGGCACCACAAGGGAACAUCUGGGACUGGCGCUGGCCCUGAAAGUGCCCUUCUUCAUCGUGGUCAGUAAGGUGGACCUCUGUGCCAAGACCACAGUGGAGAGGACAGUGCGCCAGCUAGAGCGGGUCCUUAAGCAGCCUGGCUGCCACAAGGUUCCCAUGCUGGUCACCUCAGAGGAUGAUGCUGUCACUGCUGCCCAGCAGUUUGCCCAGUCACCCAAUGUCACUCCUAUCUUCACAUUGUCCAGUGUGUCUGGAGAGAGUCUAGACCUGCUCAAAGUCUUUCUCAAUAUCCUGCCACCACUUACCAACAGCAAAGAGCAAGAGGAACUCAUGCAGCAGCUGACAGAAUUCCAGGUGGAUGAAAUCUACACUGUACCAGAGGUGGGGACAGUUGUUGGAGGGACACUUUCCAGUGGGAUUUGCCGUGAGGGAGACCAGCUGGUGGUUGGCCCCACUGACGAUGGCUGCUUCCUGGAGUUGAGAGUAUGCAGCAUCCAGCGCAACCGCUCUGCCUGUCGAGUGCUGCGAGCUGGUCAGGCUGCUACAUUGGCCCUCGGGGACUUUGACCGAGCGCUCCUUCGAAAGGGCAUGGUGAUGGUGAGCCCUGAGAUGAACCCCACCAUCUGCUCAGUGUUCGAGGCAGAGAUAGUCCUACUGUUCCAUGCCACCACCUUCCGACGAGGCUUCCAGGUAACAGUACACGUGGGCAACGUACGUCAGACGGCAGUGGUGGAAAAGAUCCAUGCCAAGGACAAGCUGCGGACAGGGGAGAAGGCAGUGGUACGUUUCCGCUUCCUGAAACACCCAGAAUACCUGAAGGUGGGCGCCAAGCUGCUGUUCCGGGAGGGUGUCACCAAGGGCAUCGGCCAUGUCACUGAUGUGCAAGCCAUUGCAGCAGGAGAGGCGCAAGCCAACAUGGGCUUCUGAACUCCUCCAGCAGGCACAGCUCUAUUGCUGUCCCUACAAUAUAUAUGGUGACUUCCAGUCAUGCUGCCCGUUGGCGGCUCUGUGUGUUAAUAGGUUAGAGAAAGAGGGGUGCUCUGUCACUGCGCCCUGCCACCUCUGGAGAGGUGCCAAGCUUGGUGUGGUCAGGGAGGGGCAGUCCUGGUGGAGAAGACAGAAUUCAGGGCUGUCCUCAGCAGUGUGUGUCCUUCUGGCUGGCUCAUCGCCUGUGGCAACCCCAUGGCCUGUCUACUGGAGGGAGCUGACCACCACCUCGGCCUCACUCAGGACCGGGCAUGAUUCACCAGUGUUAUCCCUGAACUUCAGGAAUUGCUGUAACAACUGGGGGUGGCCCUUGAAGCGCUCCUUUUUCUAUACCUCUUCUCAAAGUCAUGUAAGUUGCUCAUCUCUACCUGGCUGUGGACGAAAGACAUCUGGUGGCCCAGAGUAUGAAGAAAUGGCACAGGGACAGUGAAUGAUAGUGCUCCUUCCCUGUGCUGACACAUGAAGCCUAUUCCUCAGCUUUAUCUUCCUUCCCUUCACUCAAGGGUCAUUUCCCCAGUUUUCGCUCUCAUAGGCCCCACAGGUGCUAUUUGUUCUGCUGGCCCAGGCGUGGGGCUGCCGAGCUAAAUCUCGGCAAACCGAAGGUCAGCUGCAUGUUGAUCGAUCCUGUCCCCCUCCUCUGCAGUGAUGUGUUAAUGCUGGAUCAAACAGCAUGUUUUACUUUCCCGGGCUGGUGGUUAGGGAUCUGAUGCACAGCUCCUCAUCCCGCCACCCUCUUCCCCUUUUCCUGCUCCACGUAAGUCCUCUUGUUUUAGUAAUUUGCGGUGAUCAUCCCUUUCUCUCUGUUGCAGGGAACCUGGAGGAAAGGGAAAGAUGUUGCCAUUAUUUCCUAAUUGUUAGGGCAUGGACCCUCCUUUCCCUUUGUUAGUGUCCUGGGUUCCCAUGGACUCAGGGAUUUGUUGGUUGAGGUUGCUCUGCAUAAAUAUAUAUAUAUAUAUAUAAAUAUAUAUUUAAAUACACAUAUAUAUUGUACAGAAUAAAGAUGUUUUAUUGAACACACUGUGCUUA